UCUAAUAAACUCGACUAAGUCCAUGUAUGUAUCAAUUUUCUCUAGUUGAGAGAUGAAUUUUGUUGCAAAUAUUUAUUAUUUUUCCCUUUUUUUUAUUUUUUAAUUGUUUUGUUUUUGGUUAUAGGUAGGAAGGCUCAAGGCCCAAAACACACAAAAUUAACAGAAUAUGACCCUUAUGCCGUGCAACGGCAGCCCAGGUUGAGGCCCAAUAAUUUUGUGCGUGUCAUAAGCAGGACCGAAAACAAAGGGGAGAUAUUAUAGCAGGCAGCGGCACACACAAUUCCGCAGCGGAACAGUGUGGUUCGCAAUAAACAUCAGCCGAUCGAAGAAAAAAAAAUAUUUAUUUAGUUUUGUAAGUCCCGCGUUUUUCUUUUGUUUGGCGGUACGGUGGUUAAUUAUCAUAUUUGGCGCAAAUCACACUCAGUUUAAUUUCAUAGUCAGGCACUUGUUGUAGGAGGCUAGCAGCCGUCCAAUUCGUUCUUGCGCAGUCGACCUCUCAUAUUCCGGUUUGGCAUUUUUACAAACAUCUUAAGAGCAUAGGUGCUGAUUCUUUCUUCUGUAUGAUAAUCAUUUGAAAUGCAUUAAAAUUUGUCAUGCGAGAAGGGGUAAGACGAGGAAUGACGUAUUUGGUUGACCCAGACUCGGUCUUGCAAUCAAAUUAAGUAAUAUAUUACUUUCGAGCAGCCAGCAGGAAUGAGCACCUCGAGGGAGGAGUCUCCAGAUUGGCUGCGCUCUUUCCAGGUACCACCAACUCAUUCAACGGUGUCAUUAUCGUCAGAUUCCGAGUCUUCACUGAAUGGUGUUCCUUCAGGGGACGAUCAAUCUGAUUGCCACGUAUUGUCUCCACCUAAAUCUUCUAAAAUUCCCGAUGAAGAUGAGGGUUUAGAUAAAACUCUUACGAAAUCUGUUGCAGAGUCUCCAUCAAAAAAGAGAUUAAAAAGCAACUCUCCGAAACAAGGGAAAAACGUAGAAGAUCAAAUAUCCCUGAAAAAGAAGAAAACAGACAAACCCAAGGAAGAAGGAAAUUGUGGUGAUGUGGAAGUUGCAGAGGAAGAAGCAUCCGACAAGCCUGUUGAGCCUCAUGUAUCCUCGAAGUUGCCUUUGGUGCUCUCUGAAAAAGUCCAACGUUCAAAGGCACUUGUUGAGUGUGAAGGAAAUUCAAUAGAUUUGAGCGGUGAUAUGGGUGCUGUAGGACGGGUAAUAAUUUCAGAUUCUAAAUCUGCAAAUCGGGAAAUGUACCUUGAUUUGAAAGGUACCGUAUACAAAACAACAAUAGUUCCUUCCAGGACAUUUUGUGUUGUUAGCUUUGGUCAAUCAGAGGCAAAGAUUGAAGCUAUCAUGAAUGACUUUAUUCAGCUGAAACCACAAUCAAAUGUUUAUGAAGCUGAAACAAUGGUUGAAGGAACCCUAGAUGGUUUCUCAUUUGAUUCAGAAGAUGAAACUGACAAACUUCCUAAAGCCAUUCUGCAUCAAACUAAUCAAAACGAGGAGGAUGUUGAAGAACAAACUAAGGGGAAAACCAAGGGGAAAGCUGAGAAAGCAUUGACUGUUGUAAGGAAGAGGGGUAAAACUGCUGGAGGGAAGCCACAGCCAACGAAGAAAGCAAGAAAGAAAACUCAAGUUUCCAAGAAAGCCAAGAGCAAAAAAUGAGGCGUACAGUUUUGUUUAUCAUUUCUUGUUACUGCAACAAAUCAUAAAUCAGUAACUAGAUGUUAGUUCUCAUAUUGACGAAAGUAGAGUUGAUUGAGGAUUAUUUAGUGACAGAUUAUUGUAUAAUGAUGGCCAUUGGUGGCCAAUAUUCUGAAAAUUUAACAUACGCAGAUUCGUGGUUACGUACAAUAUUUUACAU